AUGCGUCCUGUUCUUCCCAUUGUUUUCACAACCAAUCGGCUUUUUCACCUCCUCCUAUUGUUCCUCUUUUUGUUGUUUCUCCGUCUUCUUCGAUCUCUUAGUUCUUCUGUCGCUUCUUCUCUUCGUCUUCUUCAUUAUAUUACUUCUUCUGUCGCUUCUUCUCUUCGUCUUCUUCAUUAUAUUACUUCUCUUCGUCUUCUUCUUCGUCUUCUUCAUUAUAUUACUUCUUCUGUCGCUUCUUCUCUUCGUCUUCUUCAUUAUAUUACUUCUUCUGUCGCUUCUUCUCUUCGUCUUCUUCAUUAUAUUACUUCUUCUGUCGCUUCUUCUCUUCGUCUUCUUCAUUAUAUUACUUCUUCUGUCGCUUCUUCUCUUCGUCUUCUUCAUUAUAUUACUUCUUCUGUCGCUUCUUCUCUUCGUCUUCUUCAUUAUAUUACUUCUUCUGUCGCUUCUUCUCUUCGUCUUCUUCAUUAUAUUACUUCUUCUGUCGCUUCUUCUCUUCGUCUUCUUCAUUAUAUUACUUCUUCUGUCGCUUCUUCUCUUCGUCUUCUUCAUUAUAUUACUUCUUCUGUCGCUUCUUCUUCGUCUUCUUCAUUAUAUUACUUCUUCUGUCGCUUCUUCUCUUCGUCUUCUUCAUUAUAUUACUUCUUCUGUCGCUUCUUCUUUCGUCUUCUUCAUUAUAUUACUUCUUCUGUCGCUUCUUCUCUUCGUCUUCUUCAUUAUAUUACUUCUUCUGUCGCUUCUUCUUUCGUCUUCUUCAUUAUAUUACUUCUUCUGUCGCUUCUUCUCUUCGUCUUCUUCAUUAUAUUACUUCUUCUGUCGCUUCUUCUCUUCGUCUUCUUCAUUAUAUUACUUCUUCUGUCGAUUCUUCUCUUCGUCUUCUUCAUUAUAUUACUUCUUCUGUCGCUUCUUCUCUUCGUCUUCUUCAUUAUAUUACUUCUUCUGUCGAUUCUUCUCUUCGUCUUCUUCAUUAUAUUACUUCUUCUGUCGAUUCUUCUCUUCGUCUUCUUCAUUAUAUUACUUCUUCUGUCGCUUCUUCUCUUCGUCUUCUUCAUUAUAUUACUUCUUCUGUCGAUUCUUCUUUCGUCUUCUUCAUUAUAUUACUUCUUCUGUCGAUUCUUCUCUUCGUCUUCUUCAUUAUAUUACUUCUUCGGUCGCUUCUUCUCUUCGUCUUCUUCAUUAUAUUACUUCUUCGGUCGCUUCUUCUCUUCGUCUUCUUCAUUAUAUUACUUCUUCGGUCGCUUCUUCUCUUCGUCUUCUUCAUUAUAUUACUUCUUCUGUCGAUUCUUCUCUUCGUCUUCUUCAUUAUAUUACUUCUUCUGUCGCUUCUUCUCUUCGUCUUCUUCAUUAUAUUACUUCUUCUGUCGAUUCUUCUCUUCGUCUUCUUCAUUAUAUUACUUCUUCUGUCGAUUCUUCUUCGUCUUCUUCAUUAUAUUACUUCUUCUGUCGCUUCUUCUCUUCGUCUUCUUCAUUAUAUUACUUCUUCUGUCGAUUCUUCUCUUCGUCUUCUUCAUUAUAUUACUUCUUCUGUCGAUUCUUCUCUUCGUCUUCUUCAUUAUAUUACUUCUUCUGUCGAUUCUUCUCUUCGUCUUCUUCAUUAUAUUAUAUCUUCUGUCGAUUCUUCUCGUCUUCUUCAUUUAUAUUACGUUCUUCUCUUCUUCUUCAUUAUAUUACUUCUUCUGUCGCUUCUUCUCUUCGUCUUCUUCAUUAUAUUACUUCUUCUGUCGUUCUUCUUUCGUCUUCUUCAUUAUAUUACUUCUUCUGUCGAUUCUUCUCUUCGUCUUCUUCAUUAUAUUACUUCUUCUGUCGAUUCUUCUCUUCGUCUUCUUCAUUAUAUUACUUCUUCUGUCGAUUCUUCUCUUCGUCUUCUUCAUUAUAUUACUUCUUCUGUCGAUUCUUCUCUUCGUCUUCUUCAUUAUAUUACUUCUUCUGUCGAUUCUUCUCUUCGUCUUCUUCAUUAUAUUACUUCUUCUGUCGAUUCUUCUCUUCGUCUUCUUCAUUAUAUUACUUCUUCUGUCGUCUUCUCUUCGUCUUCUUCAUUAUAUUACUUCUUCUGUCGAUUCUUCUCUUCGUCUUCUUCAUUAUAUUACUUCUUCUGUCGAUUCUUCUCUUCGUCUUCUUCAUUAUAUUACUUCUUCUGUCGAUUCUUCUCUUCGUCUUCUUCAUUAUAUUACUUCUUCUGUCGAUUCUUCUCUUCGUCUUCUUCAUUAUAUUACUUCUUCUGUCGAUUCUUCUCUUCGUCUUCUUCAUUAUAUUACUUCUUCUGUCGAUUCUUCUCUUCGUCUUCUUCAUUAUAUUACUUCUUCUGUCGAUUCUUCUCUUCGUCUUCUUCAUUAUAUUACUUCUUCUGUCGCUUCUUCUCUUCGUCUUCUUCAUUAUAUUACUUCUUCUGUCGCUUCUUCUCUUCGUCUUCUUCAUUAUAUUACUUCUUCUGUCGCUUCUUCUCUUCGUCUUCUUCAAUAUCAUUUCUCCUCUUCAUCUUGCUCAGUAUCUGUUCCUUCUUUCUCUUCUUGUUUUUUUCUAUUUCUUUCCACUUCCUUCUAUCUACCUUUCGCCGCCUACUUAUUUUCCUUUUCUUUCUAUUCUAAUUUUUCUUGUGCUUUUUUAUUACCGUAA